AUGGCGAAAAGCAACAAGUCGGCGCCCGCCGAUGCGCAGGGGCUAAUGAAGCGGAAGAGGGUGGAUGAACAGAAGGAAUCCCCAGACGAACAACGAAAGGAACAACAAGUCCAGAAACGCCGACGGCCAAAAGAAUCGCGAACGGCAGAGACGAAUCUUUCCUCUCCCCACAGCUCCAUCAUUUCAGUCCUCGCGCCCAAGUACGACGUCCUCGCAGCUUCGAUCAUCUCAUCGACACGAAUCCGCAAUCGAAUUGUUCGCGCUACGGAGCACGUACGGCAGUAUGAUGCCGCAAGCGAUAACGGUCAAGGACAGUCUCGACCGGUGGUGUUGCUGCAUGCGCGACCGAGGGAAGCCUGCAAACUCAUCACGGUGGUGGAACAGUGUAAACGGAUUCUGAAAAAGGAGGGCCGCCCGUUUUACCAGUACAAUCAACUCUUCGACCUGCCACUCGAAGCUAAGAAGCCCGAGAUCGUCGAGGCCACCGUGCUACAAGACGCUGAGGACGAGGAGUCAGAGGAGGAUGAUUUCGAGGUCAUGGAAUCCCGAUUUGAGCAGGCGAUUCAGCCCCCACCUGAUACCAAGGUCAUCAAAUCUCUGAGAAUAUUCAUUGCCCCCAUGCCAGUCCCCGAGCUGAAGCAGAUGAGCGACGUGACAUUACAGGCGCUUGGAAGCUAG